AUGGUUUCUCUGAACCCAGACGCACAAGAAUUUGUUCCAACCAAUAACCUCCACCUUCAGCAACAACAACAAUUCUUUCCAUACCCCAAUUUUCCCACUUCCAUUAUCACUCCUCACGACCACUACUACUAUUACUACUACUACGGUUCUUCAUUCCCCUAUCGAGAGCUUUACCCCAUCUAUUAUUACCCCACCACAAUAGUUCCACCACCUUCCAUGAUCUCUCAUAAUGCCCCCGUAACCAUCCCUUUAGCGCCUAAAGCUGAGACACCCCUUGUUCAUAACAUAGAAAAUGACCCUAGCCCCGUGGAAGCGCAUGCAGUGCCCCAGAAGAACGACGAGGUGGUUGUUGCUGAAGCCGAAACGGAUGGCGCAAAAGGGCUUGUGCAGAAACAAGUGUGUAAGGCUUUCAUUAGUUGCGGAUCAGUGAAUGGUCACCGUUCUGAUGGUAUGAGAAUGAAGGCUUACGCGCAGAGAACGAAGGGAGAAGCGAAUGGUCAACACAAAAGUUUUGACUUUUUGAAGAACCGAAAAGUUACGAGGUACCCGGAUGAACAGUGCCCCAGGGUUUACCCUAAGAAGAAACGUUUUUAUCCUCAGUUGCCUGUUAAUGUCGAGAAGAAUGAAACCACUGUCAUGAUAAAAAAUAUUCCUAGCAAAUACACCCGAGACAUGCUGGUGGAGUUUCUGGACAAUCACUGCAUGAAUUUGAAUAAAAGAAUCAAAGAAUGCGGUAAACAGAAAUGCGAAGAGCCAAUCACUUCUUUAGCUUUUGAUUUCGUUUAUUUGCCAAUUGAUUUCCAAAGUGGGAUGAACAAGGGUUAUGCUUUUGUGAACUUCACCGAAUCCCAGGCAGCGUGGAAGUUUCUUUGGACAGCCUCGCAUCUGAAAUGGGACUUGUUCCAGUCCCACAAGAUACGUGAAGUGGUUUCUGCACGUUUGCAGGGGAAGGAGACGUUGGAGAAGCAUUUCGAAACUAUGAACUUUCCGUGCGAGUCCGAGGAUGUUCUACCAGUGUGUUUCAACCCACCUCGCGAUGGUGUAAUCAAGGGAGAGCAACGCACAAUUGGGAAUCUCUCUGGGCGUUAA